AUGGCCGAUCCGAAUCGUCCUCCUUCCUUUCAUUAUCGUCCCUACCCUUUGUCAGCAGAGGUUCAGCAAACUGUCUCACGGAUGGGUUUCAAUGAUCGAUCUCUCAACUCGAAAGUGGCAAUUCCUCGGUCAGCGAACCCAAGUAACUGGACGACCAGCGGACGAGUGUAUGAGGCCCUACUGGGAGAUAUUUGUCCCAAGGUGGACUCUUGCUCGGCCCAAUAUAUUAAGCAGCUACUCGAUAAACAGGCCGUCCAUCCUGAACAAGUGUUUGAUCGCAAACCUUCGGUAUCAUCACAGUCAUCUAAAUUUGCUGACUCUGCUGUGCUUCUGAGCCCUGUUCCGACGUCCCUAUUGGGAGGUCUCGACUACACCAACGAGGAUUUCAACCGCGAUGAGAAGGUCCAAGCGAUAGGGUUUGGUGCGCCAGAUGACGAUCGCGUGUACUUUUCUCGGGCGUGGAAGCUUAACAUGAGUGAAGUUGCGCUGCUAGAUCACCCAAAUCUACAACAGGUUCAGGUGGAAGGACUGACUUCGUUUUACCUUUCAUCCGUGGGACAGGUCAACAGUCAUGAUUUCUGCACCACUCCUCUGCCAGUGCCGUUCAGAGAGGAGGAGUUUUUGGAUGAAAACGUCAUUCAGCUUAUUACAGAUAAUGAGUCUCGCAGUAUGUUCAUGGAGAGGCUUGCCUUUAGCCACUCGAGGUCUUUUCUGAUGGACAACGCAACGCCCGGCAUUCAUGGGCACACGCUCGCCAUCCCAGGUAAACAAUGUGAGCAAAUCGUAUCCAAUGCUGUCGAAACACUCACACCGAAUUCCUCGCUCUACUUUCUGUAUCUCGUCGACCUAGGUCUUAUUAUGCGGAACACUGUUGACACAUUAUACGCUGCAGGAGCUGCUAGGAAAUCGUGGCGUGAGGUAGAAAUGGCAAUAUCCACAUUGAAUGGGAGGAUAGACGCUUGGCUCGAAAGGCUCCCCCCCGCUUUCCACUUCACGCUAGGAACACUAGAAUUUGAACGACAGCGGUUAAGCCUGGCAUUUCUCUUUUACAGUGCUAAGAUCAUCAUUACGCAACCCUGUUUGAGUCGCCUGACUCGACAGAUCUCGGGAACAGAAGCAGGAAGCUUUUGUGAUGCAACGGCGACCAUGUGUGUCGACCUUGCAAUCCAGAUGCUUGAUCUCUUGCCGGACUUACAGGACACUUCCUGGGUCUACCGUGUGUCUCCUUGGUGGCACAUGUUACACAUGAUAAUGCAACCGACCACGAUCCUCUUGACGCAAUUGCUGUUCCUCGUAAACCCGGGAACUACCAAAUACAGGAAAAUACAUGAGAGCAUUUCCAAAGCGAUUUACUGGAUAGGGGAGACGUCGAUAAAGGAUCCCACAUUCAUUCGAGCCUGUCGCGUAUGUAAAGAUCUCAUUGCUGAACAUGUUCCAGAGCAUGGAAUGGGUACGCGCGCAGAUCGGGAGAAGCGCUGA